CUCAAUUUAUUUAUUUUUCAUGCUAAUUUUAUUUGUUUUCUUAUGAAAAUUGUUUGUUUAUUCAUUUCUCCUUUUCAUUCUUUCUUGUCCCAGAGGUUUAUGCCCUUACCGAGCUACAGAACGAGGGUUUCUUCUCCAAUUCAAGGCUUCCAGCUUCAUCAUCAAUUAACUGAUGCUAAAUACCCUUUGUUUUCGUUAGACUAAGUAAAAAGGUAAUUAAAUUUUUCUCAAAGGUAAUCAGACAGAAAAAUGGUUUUUGGUCAGGUGGUUAUAGGACCACCGGGCUCCGGCAAGACCACCUACUGCAAUGGAAUGUCUCAAUUUCUCCAGCUCGUUGGCCGGAAGGUUGCAGUGAUUAAUUUGGAUCCAGCAAAUGAUUCUUUGCCGUAUCCAUUUCAGUUUGUUCUGUUCUUUGCUUUUGAUAGUGUAUUGUCGUGCCAGUGGUUUAAUGUAUAUGAUUGUGCUAUAAACAUCGAGGAUUUAAUUAAGCUCUCUGACGUUAUGGGCGAACAUUCCCUUGGUCCUAAUGGAGAUCACUACCUCCUUUUUGAUUUCCCUGGACAAGUGGAGCUCUUUUUCCUUCAUGAAAAUGCAAAGAGAGUUAUCAUGAAACUCAUAAAGAAGUUAAAUCUCAGGUUGACUGCUGUGCAUUUAGUUGAUGCACAUCUUUGUAGUGAUCCUGGGAAAUAUGUAAGUGCGUUGCUCCUUUCCUUGUCAACCAUGGUGCACUUGGAGCUCCCUCAUGUCAAUGUUUUGUCUAAGAUUGAUCUGAUUGAAAGCUAUGGCAAACUAGUUGCAGCUGUACAGGAAAAAUACAUGAAAGACGAUGACAUGUCUUACGACAAUGACUCGGAUGAUAAGAGAAGUUAGAUGUGAUGAGUUUGCAGCCAGUCCUAAUUCAUGAGAAUAUGAUUUGAAAUUUGCCCUGUUAUGAUUACUCUUCAGUCUUCAUGUUUUUGCACAGGCAGGUAACAUUAAGUUCUACUUUUUGGUUGUAAUUGCAAAUUUCAGCUUCUUAAUCUGCUCUGCUACCAUAAAUGUCAACUGAAGGGUUUGAGGUGAUGAUAUAUGAACCUUGGCUGCUGAAUACCUUUCAUUAUAGAGAACUUCGUGUAUAUCAAAUUGAACAAUGUCUAUUGUGAGAUUUAUGGCAUACAAACAAUGGAACUUUGACUUUAUUGAAAUGAACUUUGCCCAUUGUGAGAUAUAUUGCAUAAAAACAAAAUGACUGUAAGAAAUAUUAAUUGUGGAGUCGUGUGGUUAGUGGGAAAUGGCAAGUGGUCAACUGGUCAUAGAAGAAAAGGAACUGAGAUGGAAAAUAAGAUAUUGAAUAGAAUAUAAUUUGAAGUCCUAUCUUUGAAAAGACUUCUAAAUACAAAUGUCACAUGAGGCUCUUCUUGAAAUAUGUUAAUAAAGUUGUGCAAUCCAAG